AUGUCUCCGGCGAACAACAUCAAAGCUACGGCCGUCAUCCUGGGCGGAACUGGCGAUCUAGGGGCGCACGUUACCAAAAUCUUCCUCUCGGAGUACCGUGACCACUUCCCCACCGUCCGGAUCACGACGCGCGACCCCGCCUCGACGAAGGCAAAGGAGCUCGCUGCCAUGGGCGCCGAGGUCCACGCGAUCACCGAGCCCAUGGACGACGUGGUCGCGGGUGCGACCGUCAUCGUCAACGUGCUCCCGACCGCCGCCUGCCUCGAGAUCAACAAAGCCCUCGUCACCGCGAUGGUCAAGCACGGCGUGCCGGUCUACUUCCCGAGCGACUUCGCGUCGGACUACACCCUCGGCGGCUUCGAAGGCUUCAUGCACACCGAGUGGAUCAACAAGACUGCCCUCGCGCGCGAGACCGCCGCGCUCUCCGCCGGCGCCGCCACCCCGCUCAAGGCCGUCACCGUCUUCAACGGCGCCUUCCUCUCCUGGCUCCUCGACCCCUACCGCUCCCUCUGCGCCAACGUGCACGCGAACACGUUCACCGCGCUCGGCGACCCCCACACGCGCUUCGCGGCGACCGCGCUCCCGGACAUCGCGCGCGCCGUCGCGCGCCUCGCGCUCCUCGCGCUCGACCCCGCGACGCGCGACGACGUCCCCGCGGUCGUGCACGUGUACGGGGACAACGUGAGCGUGGCGGAGAUCCGCGACGCCGUCGCGCGCGUCAAGGGCGUCGAGAAGGGUCCGAUCGAGGUGGGCGACGUCGCGGCGGUCAAGCAGCGCCUGCGCGAGAACCAGCCGCCGACGCUGAUGGACAUCGUCGACUAUGCGCGGGUGCUGGUCGGCCAGGGCAACAUCGACUACUCGGAGAACAACCAGAACGAGCUCGUGAACCCAGGACAGAGCCUGUGGAAGUGGCGCACGGUCGAAGAGGAGCUUCGCAGUAUUCUGUAA